AAAUGGCGACCGAGUUUACCACAGAAAGACUUUUACCUUCCCACUUUUUUGUUAAAUACGCAAAGUUGCUACAGUGUUGUUUUGCAUUUGAAGACAAACACUGCUGACAUUAAAAUAUCGUACAGUAUGAAAAUCCUUGGACGAUUCCAAAUUUGCUGUGCAUGGCAAGGAUUGGACUGUCUCCAUAUUUGGGCUACCUGAUUGUGGAAGAAAAUUUUAACUUGGCCCUUGGAAUUUUUGCUUUAGCUGGACUAACUGAUUUAUUGGAUGGCUACAUUGCCAGGAACUGGGCCAACCAGAAAUCGGUAUUGGGAAGUGCUCUUGAUCCACUGGCUGACAAGAUUCUGAUCAGUGUCCUCUACAUCAGCUUGACUUAUGCAGGUCUUCUCCCUGUUGCUCUCACUGCCAUGGUUAUCUUGCGAGACAUUGUGUUAAUUGCAGCGGUUUUUCAUAUUCGAUAUAAAACUGUCCCGCCACCGAGAACGGUUAGCAAGUACUUCAAUCCCUGCUAUGCAACUGCUCAAUUAAAGCCUAUGGCUAUCAGUAAGGCGAAUACAGCAGUGCAGCUGGUUUUGGUUGCUGCUUCUUUGGCAGCUCCUGUUUUUCACUACAUUGAUUCUCUGUUCCUACAAGUAUUAUGGUACAUCACAGCAUUUACCACUACUGCAUCUGCAUAUAGUUAUUACCGUUAUGGUAAAAGGACCGUUGAUAUUUUAAACCACAAAAACUGAUAUUUUUGGACAAUGCAAUUUCAAGAAGGCAAUCAUGCUCAGCAAUAAAGGCUUCAAGGAUUUCAGCAGGAAUUUGUUAUAAGUGAUGAAUUUUACUUCCUACUGUAGAUAAUGUGAAUUUUUAAUCAUUUGUUAGAUUUAUUAAAUUAAACGUGUUUGUUGUGCCUUC